AUGCUGAAACAUUUUGUAUUAUUUUUCUUUUCAGGAAAUAUACAGAAGCCUGGGUCAUGUCCAUGGCAUACACGAUUUUCCAGACGUACAUGUAACAGAGAAUGUUUCUCGGAUCUCGAUUGUGACGGGCUAGACAAAUGUUGUGAAACCGGAUGUGGAAGUGCCUGUACAGAGCCUUGCUUUUAUUGGCUUAGAACAUUCCCUACUUCAACCACUGCCUGGAAAUUACCACAACGUUGCUCGCGAAAACUUUAUUUCUGA